CUUCCAGGAACCAGUGAAGAAAAGAAGCAAGCUUGUUCUGCCAGCACCUCAGAUAUCAGAAUCUGAGCUUGAAGAGGUGAUCAAAGUUGGUCAAGCUAAUGAGUACGCCAGACAACAGGCUGAGGAGGCUGGCAAAGAGGAUUCUGCCUCACGAGGCUUGCUGCAGGAGUAUAAUGUCACACCUGGCCACAUGCGUACACCUCGGACACCUGCGACACAGGAUUCCAUUUUACAGGAAGCACAAAACAUAAUGGCUCUGACCAAUGUGGACACACCCCUUAAAGGUGGACUGAAUACACCACUUCAUGAUAGUGAUUUUAGUGGAGUCACCCCACAGCGACAAGCAGUUCAGACACCAAACACCAUUCUUGGCACCCCAAUGAGAACACCUGGCCGACUAGACACAGGUCUGACACCACGGUCAGGCAUCCUGAGGCCAAACACUGACCAGUCGACCCCGAUGUCCACUCCACUGAGAGACAAGCUGAACAUUAAUGAGGAUGAGGAGAUGAGGGAUAGAUUCUUUCAGCCUGACAACUUGCAUCAGCUGAGAAAAGGGUUGGCCAGCCUUCCGACUCCUAAAAACGAUUACGAGAUUGUCGUACCCGAAGACGAGCACGGUGCAGAUGGAGAUAUCCGCGGGGCUCGUCAUUCGGUAGAGGACCAGGCAGAUAUAGAUGAGAGAGCAGACUGGGAGAAAGAGCAGAAACGAUUGGCAGAGCUGAAACAGCGAUCUCAGGUCAUUCAGAGAGACUUGCCCCGACCUUCUGAUGUCAAUACAAAUAUUAUGAGGCCCUCUGGUCCUAAUGAUCCACCCUUGACUGAGCUACAAAAGGCUGAAGAGCUCAUCAAACAAGAAGUGUUGAUUAUGCUGUAUCAUGAUGCAGUCGUCACCCCUACUGAUGGCUCCAAAGGCUCGGGACCCCAGAAGGCUAGUCAAGCGUCUUAUUUGGCUUAUCUGGACAAAAACCCCUACAUAGAAGUGGAUCCUGGUGAUAUGAAUAAGGCCGAAGAACUGUUACAGAAGGAAAUGCAGGUGGUGAAAGAAGGCAUGGGUCACGGAGAGCUCUCACAGGAUACAUUUGCCCAGGUAUGGGAGGAAUGUUACUCCCAAGUGCUGUUCCUUCCUGGCCAAAACAGAUACACAAGAGCCAAUCUGGCAAGCAAGAAGGAGAGGAUAGAGUCUUUAGAAAAACGAUUAGAGAACAACAGAAACCACAUGAUGAAGGAUGCUAAACUGGCCGCCAAGUUGGAGAAGAAACUAAAGAUCCUCCUGGGAGGUUACCAGUCCCGCUCCCAAGGACUGGUGAAGCAGCUUCAUGAACUCACCGAACAGAUGGAGAACACCAAUGUGGAGCUGACCACCUUCCAGCAUCUGCGUCAACACGAGAUGGGAGCGAUUCCAAAGAGAUUAGAG